AUGGACACCGAUUCUUAUUUCAAAGAGACCCCACCCGAAGAUUAUCGCUUUAUAGGUUAUUACCGAUAUCGACAAAAACAAGACGACUUCACAUACUCUUUCCGGGUAGAAGCCGCGCGGCUCUCGCGUUGCUUGGAACGUCUAAGCAAGAAUGGUUCCAGUGAAGUCAAGCAGGCUGCUGCCCGUUUACAAAGCCAAUUCGAGGCAAGUAUACGAAAGUUUUCUAAACCGUUACUACAGCUGGCAGGCAGUGCUAAGGGAUCCAUUGAAGCUCAAGGCUUCUAUAUUGAUAUAUUUUGGGGGGAGAUUGAACAAAAGAGAGAGCUUGAUGCUGUUGAGGAGAUUGAGCAAAACGGAGAGCUUGAUCAAAACGGAGAGCUUGAUGUUGUUGAGACGGAAGCAGCCUGUCAUGUAGUGCAGAAAAGUGUGGGGGUUUUUGACACAGCUAUGACCAGCCUUGAAGAUAGAAUAAGGACCAACCGGAAACGACCAAGAACUCCUGAGACAUGUGUAUGUCCUGAAACUCCUAUCAUCUAUUGUCCAACCCUUUCACAGAGUCAGAAAAAAUUAUAUACAAACAUUCCCAAAUAUAAGAAACAGAAUGUCAAGCCAAUGGAAUUAUUCCCUGUUAGCUCAAGCUCUAGCAGUGAUUCUGAACAUCAAGAUGUAACAGAUGAAUCAUUAUCAUCUGAUGAUGAGUGUGAAGUGAUAUAUGGUACAGAUAUUCAAUCAAAUCCUUUUGAGUUGUCAACCAGUUCAG